GCCCGUCUACUCUUCAUCCACCGCGUCACAUUAACCCCUCAGCUGCAGACUGGGCACCAGCACCACUAUGCUCUGGAAAUCCCGAACCAAGACUGACGGUUUGCAGGACCGCGCAGACGGACUAAGCGGCUCUUCGCCGAGUGGGCGCCUCUCCCAGCUGUCCUCACUGAACCAGGCCGCCUACUCCUCUGCUCCCCCGCUCUGCCACACUCCGGCCUCUGACUUCCAGCCUCCGUACUUCCCUCCCCCCUAUCCCCAGUCCUCCCUGCCAUACUCCCAGAGCCAGGACUCGUAUUCCCACCUGUCAGAUCCAUACACCUCCAUCAACUCCAUCCAUCAGCAUCAGCAAGCGGCAUGGCACUCCCAGAGGUCGCGUUCCGAGGAGGGGGGGCUCCUGUCACAGUCGCACCGGGCUCUGAGCCUCGACCCCCGACGGGAGUAUCCAGCUGUCCCUCGGCUGCUGCACGGUCUAGGGGAAGGGGCUGCCGCUCUCGGGGACGGUCCUCUCGGGAUGCACCUAGGACAUCACGGCCUGGAGGAUCUUCAGGGAAUGGAGGAAGGAUCAGCCUUGGGCAUCCUCGACCACUCUGUCAUUAAAAAAGUUCCUAUCCCGUCCAAGCUGAACGGGUCCUCCCUGUCGGCCUUGUCCAUCUGUAAGGAGGGUCUCGGCAUGGGAGCCGUGUCCAACCCAGCCGAGGUUUUCUGUUCGGUCCCGGGUCGCCUCUCGCUGCUCAGCUCCACCUCCAAGUACAAGGUGACGGUCGGGGAGGUGCAGCGACGCCUCUCCCCGCCUGAGUGCCUCAACGCUUCUCUGCUGGGUGGAGUCCUCCGCAGGGCAAAGUCAAAGAAUGGUGGUCGCUGUCUGAGAGAGCGUCUGGAGAAGAUUGGCCUCAACCUGCCCGCCGGGCGACGCAAGGCAGCCAACGUCACUCUCCUAACAUCUCUAGUGGAGGGUGAGGCCGUCCAUCUGGCGCGGGACUUUGGUUAUGUGUGUGAGACAGAGUUUCCAGCCAGAGCUACAGCUGAGUAUCUGUGCAGGCAGAGUGAGCCAGACCAGCUCCCAACACGGCGCAGCAUGCUGCUCGCUACCAAGGAGAUCUGUAAGGAGUUUGUGGACCUGAUGUCCCAGGACCGCUCUCCACUGGGCGGCAGUCGACCCACCCCCUGCCUGGAACCCGGCGUCCAGGGAAGCCUCACCCACUUCAGCCUGCUCACCCACGGCUUCGGUACUCCCGCCAUCUGUGCGGCGCUCUCCGCCUUCCAGAGCUACCUGAUGGAGGCGAUCAAAAUGCUAGACAAGGGAGAGGGGGGAGGGAAGAGCCACCACGACAAGGAGAUGAAGCACCGCAAAUAGAGGAAGGACAGACAGAUGUGUUGGUGGAUGGAUGGAUGAGAGGCAGAAAGUAAGAGAAAAGAGGGGAAAAGACUGACUGGUGCCCCUCUGCGUCUUUACCUUCGCCCUCAGGAUAGAAACUGAGACUUUUACCUCCCAGAAACCCCUGCGUUUCCUCUCGUUGAGGAGACGGGGUUUAUGAUGAUAUCUGUACUGUAAUGUGUGUCCACAACCACCUCACUCAAAAUGACGCAUGGACCUCUCUUCUCAGUAGCUGGUUUGUGUCAUGAUGGCAUCUACAAAACUCUUCAGGAUGAGUUCUUUCAUGGCUGUAUGCUUUUAUUUACCCCCCCCAACUUUAAACAUUUUGGUAGACCUGUCACCUUUAUCUGUGUUUUAGAAAACCCUGCCUUCAUCAGAAACUCUCUCUUUCGCACACACUUGUACACAUUUUUGGACUGAACUCAUCUGGGAAGUGUCGUAAGCCAUAUCUGAGACAGCAACCUGCUCUUUGCUCCUUUGGAACUUUGGGAGACUUUUAACUCAACAUGAUUGGACAAGCACAGCUUCCACAUGUAGUUCUUCUUAAUUGGUGGUCAUGGGAAAUUGAGUUCUGGGUUCUCUAGCAGCGGGGUAAGGAGGAGUCAAAGGCAGCUAAAGGAGAUUUGUUUUCUUUUAUUUUGAAGUAUUACGUGUUGGUAACUUAAGAAAAUAACACAAAUCAUUUUGUACUUUCUGUGUAUGUUUAUUAUUAAUGUUAUUACUGUUGUUAUUAUUAUUGUA